ACCACAGUUUCUCCAGCAGAUCCGGAGAGGCGACAGACGAACUCCGGAACCGAUGGUCAUGAAGUGGCUCCGUUUUACGUUCCUGGCUCUCGGGCUUUUCUCGCUGUGCUGUUCCUCGGCCGGUGACAGCAGCGGGAUUAAGAAGAUGAAGAUGCAGUUCGCUACGGGCCCGCUUCUCAAGUUCCAAAUCUGUAUUUCCUGAGGUUACAAGCGGGUGUUUGAGGAGUACACGCAGGCCUUGUACCAGCGGUACCCAGACAUCCGCAUCGAAGGAGAGAACUAUCUUCCUAUCCCUAUCUAUCGACACAUCGCUUCCUUUCUCUCUGUGUUCAAACUACUGGUGAUCGGUCUGAUAAUAAUUGGCAGAGACCCUUUUGCCCUCUUUGGUAUGCAAGCCCCAGGUAUCUGGGAGUGGGGUCAGGGUAACAAGAUUUAUGCCUGCAUGAUGGUUUUCUUCUUCAGCAAUAUGAUUGAAAAUCAGCUGAUGUCCACUGGAGCUUUUGAAAUCACACUAAAUGAUGUGCCAGUAUGGUCCAAACUGGAGUCUGGUCACUUGCCCUCCAUGCAGCAGCUUGUACAGAUUUUGGACAAUGAGAUGAAAAUGAACGUUCACAUGAACACAAGACCUCACCACCACUCCUAACCCCCCUUCAAGUCCUGGCUAGAAGCUAAAAGCCCCUCCAUGUUUGAGGUGGGUUUCUCAUUGGGCUGUGAAGUGAUGUUCAUGAAGGUCUGUGCUGAAAGCAGUCACUCUGUUAGCACAGACUGGAUACUCCCAUCAUUCUUCACUGUGUCCUUUUCGAGACAUCCUGCCCCGGACGCCAGAGUGGGAUGAGUGCUGCAGUGCCACCCUUACUCCCUGCCCCCUUACGUGUUGUACUCGUCACACAUUUGCAGAUGUCGUCAUCAGGUGUUUCCAGUGGUUCCACGAAGAGAGAAAUAUGAUUAAUUCUUUAACUCGUCCAUGUGAAUAAAACACUCAUCAAUUGUACCACUGAGCCAUAUGUAGGUUUUGUUUUUGUUUUUUUAAGUUUAAGUUAAUAAAACUAGUCAGUCUUAAACACCUCGACAUUGUGAAAAUAACAUUAGGAAAUUGUUUCUUGUAUGAUUUCUGAAUAAUUUUUAUAUUUGCAUAACUUGGGAAAACUAUGAAGAUGAAUAAAAACGUCUUGUAACUAUU